AUGUGGAUUUGGUCUGGAAAGUUUUGUUUGCUCUGCUGGAUAGCAGUAUUCUCUGGAUUUAGCCACGGGGCGCUCUGCACCGGAGCCUGGGUGGCACAGGAAAGCUCGGAGAAUAAGGACGCGCUCAAGGACUCUGCUGAGGUGUUUGUCACCAACAACACCUACGAUUGCAGAUAUCUGCAGAGCCCGAAAAAGACUGCAGUCGCACCACAGCAGUUCUCAGCUGGUAGGGGCGACCGAUAUCGUCCUGGGUGCCAUCACGAUGGCAGAUGGAAAGGCCUGGAAGUGUGGGCAGUGCAAGCAGCAGAACAAAGUCACCCAGAACUUUUGUGGCAAGUGCGGCUCUCACUGGCAAGUGGGGGCGAGGCCGGAACAGGCCUACUGGACACAGCAGCCACCAGCCCCCUGGAAGGGGCCGAGAGAGAACAAAGGCUGGGAAUCUCCUCGAAGAAAGUCCCCGCGGUCACCGAGGAGGAAGACGCGCCGCCAGACUGCCACUCGAAGUUCACAGCGCUCAGAAACUGGGUGGUGGACUUCAUUCCGCUCGAAGAAAAGAUCCGCGAGUUCGUGCGGGUUCCCACGAAAGAGGCCGACGCGCAGGACUCCUUUGGGGGUCUCGUGGGCUUCGAGGGCGAGGGCGCGGAAAAAAUCCUCGUGCGCUUGGGCGCCAAGAUCACUUUCGUCAAGGAGGACAAGGACUGCAAGCUGAAACCCGAGGUCAUACGAUUUAGCUCCUCGCCGAGUUGCGAGACUGAGGGCAAGCAUCUGAACACGACUGAGGCGGACUUCUUGGAUGGGCACAUGCAGUUCUUCAUGAUGACUGACCCGCCGGGAGCGGUUGUCCUCCAGCGAGAGCUCAUGGGCAACGACACCGACGCCUCCUUAGAAGGAGACUGGACCUUUGAGAAGGGCGACUUCACUGUGAAAAAGGACGGAGAGAAGUUGAUGCUGGAGCAGAAGUUCUGGAACUCCAACUUCGUUUACUCUGGAGAAGUUGCAGCUGCAGAUGCCAAAGACUACCAUCACAUCGACCUGGGCUUGGAAGACAAAGAGUGCCUCAAGUACAAGGACUCCGACUGCCCAGAGCUUUCGAAUGGCCCCCAUCGCUUCUGCAACGUCGAGAACGGCCAGUGCAAGGCCGUCAAAGGCGGCCACGGCCACCUUCGCCUCAAAGCCAAGCCUCCCAACGAGCUCCUGAGGGACGAGAGCCUUGACAACAAGACCUGGACGGAGUUCGCUGCGCACCGCAGCUUCACGCCAGCGGACGCUGAGCUCUCCGGGUUCGUGUGCGUCUUCACCAACGAGUCCUGGAUUCCCAUUCGAGGCAUCACCUUCAAGCAGAUCUCCGGCAUGAGCCCUUUGAAGAACCUUGCCAAGAGCGCCUCUUCAUCGGACUCAUUCAAGGAGCUCCUCUACGCCAACCUGAGUCAUGGCCGAGAGUGGCUGCAGGAGAAGCACCUUGCCUUCCAACUAGAGGGGAACGGGGACCAGUUCCUUCCGCCCUGGCGCAAGGCUCUGCAGGGCACCGUCGAGUGGAAGAAGGCUGGGGUGUGUCCGGGCAACUACCCCCUCUGCAUGAAGGACGGCAGCUGCGCCCUCCAGGAGUGCCAAAGUGGCUGCGAGUGGUCCAGAGCGCCGCAUCCAUGGGAUGAUCCAUCUGGAGGGUACAACUACAUUUCCGGCUACGACUCCCUCGGCACUGAGUGCGACAUCGACUCCCCAGAGGCAGCCGAACCGAAGAACGGCGCGGCGCGUUUCGCGGCUUUGUCGGCCUUGGCGGCUCUGGCGGCCCUGGCCCUGUGA